GAAUUCUUCUCCGUUGACAAACCCGCAAUCUUGCUUAAGAACACCCAGAUCCUACCGUAACUUAAUAAAUUACUUGCCCACUGCAACUUACAUAAGACCUGUCUAAGGCUUGCAAUACAGCAGCGUUCUUGUUAAGCUCAGUUAAUAACUAACACCUAUCAUCACCAACAUGGUUUGUAUUCGUAAUUUGGAAAAGAAAGACGUCAAGGAAGCAGCUAAGCUCGAGGCAAGCUGUUUUCCAGAAGAUGAACGCGCUUCAGAAGCAAAGAUCCGCAGCAGAGUUAGUAACAACCAAGCACUCCAGCUUGGUCUUAUUGCCCCAACGGCAAACACUAGCAUGUUGAUUGGUCAUUUAUUGACAACUCGUACCUCAUCCGACUUUGUGACUAUGGAAUCGAUGGAGAAGAACGACAGCAACGGAAGCAAUGUCGCUCUGCACUCAGUCACAGUUCACCCUGCACACAGAGGUCAGGGAUACGCCAGAAAACUUAUUGAGGAGCUGAUUUUCCGCUGCCAAACAAUCAUUACUCCCCGUCCAAAACGCGUAUCGCUCUUAGCCCAUAAAGAGUUGAUUCCGAUGUACGAGAAGCUCGGGUUCAGUCUCGUCGGUAAGAGCGAAUGCCAGUUUGGCAACUCUGAAUGGCACGAUAUGAUCUAUGAAUUGUAACACAAGCACGAAAUUAUCCCAAGAAGAAAGCGACAUAGCGUUCUUUAUGUUCAUUCCGAUAUAGGACAAUAAGGAACAAAGGUAGCGCCAUACAGGCUCUUUCAUCUGUGAAUGUAUUUUCUCCCACCGUAACUGCCGCGUUGGCACAUUUAAUGUAGUAGCUUUUUAAGAUUAAGAAAGUGCAUCCCAAACGUUUAUCGGGGUUCAGCAAAGCAGCUGGCAGAGCGGCACCUCCUUGUACUUAUCUACAGUCGUUUAACAACCAGAAAUGGUUUCUUUAAAAAACGGAAAUUUAAAUGACGAAUGCACCAACGUUUCAAAAAGAAAUCUCACACUUGAGCAUCUCAUUGUCCUAUUCCAUUCGUAACAAACAUAUCAGAGUACACACGUAAAACAGUUUUACAAAGAGAGACGAGUCGUGGGGUAUU